GGAAUUCAGUGAGAUUAGGACUGCCUGAUUCUUCACUUGUUCUCUCACAGCAAGCUAUCUGGAGACGCUCAGUAAAUCAUUGUUUCUCUCACAGAUCUGUGAAACACACACUCAAAGAGAAGAUGGUUAAAAGGCUCAUGUUACGUAGAAGCUCUAGACUGGACGUCGCAGGAUACUACAACCUUCAAGGAGAACCAGUCAAUUCCUACAAGGAGACUUACAGAAGACCUAAGAAGUUUGCUCCAGACAGCCAAAGAGACACCACCAAGAAAACCGUUAGGUCUGUACCUGAGGCCAAAGAGGCCAGCGGGGCCAACGAGGCCAGCGGGGCCACCAGGGCCAGCUGGAACAUCGUUAUUCGCUGGCUGUUCUACAUGCUGCCCGUGUGUCUUGGAAUUGUAAACUUCUCCCCGGCUCUCUACAUGAACAGCACCUCUCUGGACUCAGGACCCUUACCGUUACCUGUCCCACCAACCAAGCUGGAUACGACCGUCUUGAGCAGAACUGAAGGGCUGGAGCAGCAGGUGAGAAUGCUGCAGGAUGAGCUGCUGAAGUUAAGGAGGAUCAACGAGCUGCCACCAUGGCACUCUAUGCCCAACGUUGCUCUGGAGUCGCAAGGGGCCCGUGUUUUAGCUCAAUUAUCCUCAAAAACAUACCAAAGCACAAAACCAUCUCUUUUCAUUCGUUUCUGGAAAUUCCUGAUACCUUCUUGGAGACCAGCUGCAGACCCAAGUAUCGUGACUCAGGGAGGACCAAUCAUGGUCGGACGCUGCUGGCCAUUUCAUGGUGAGCGUGGACAUUUAGUCAUAGCCCUGUCCCAGAAAGUGACCAUCAGCCAUGUGACACUGGGUCACAUUUCAAAGACCGUGUCGCCAACUGGCAACAUCUCGAGCGCCCCAAAAAUGUUUGCUGUCUAUGGCAUGAAGACUAAAGAGGAUGAAGGUACCCUACUAGGAAACUUUCUUUAUGAUCAGAACGGCGAGUCAGUGCAGGAUUUCAAACUGUCUGAUCAGGAAGAAGGUGUCUUCAGCCAUGUGAAGCUGAAAGUCGAGAGCAACUGGGGAAAUCCUGACUACACUUGCGUGUACAAUUUCAGGGUCCUUGGGAUCAUAUAGAAGAUGGUGUUUGCUCCUAUAUGGGACCGUAUAGAAGAUGGUGUUUGCUCCUAUAUAGGACCAUGUUGGAACAAACACCGUCUUCUUGGCUUGGUGCAAAGGCAGGUGAGAAUGUAUUUGUUCCAACAACCAACCAUCUGUGAAUAGAUAGGCUUAAUUUAACUUUGUGUUGUGGAAUUUGCAGUCAUAAAAAUAUUAGCAAAUGGCUGGCUGGAACACCUGUGCUGGUGUAGACAAAGGGUGGGUGGGUGGGUGCUGGGGAGAGGUGUGGUGUACCGUGAGCGUUCACCAUACUUUUUCCCAGCGAACCUCCUCCCUGCCAGGUGAAGGAACCUGCUGGGGAGAAGUGUGGUGUACCAUGAGUGUUCAACAUACUUCCUCCCAGAGAACCUCCUCCCUGCCAGGUGAACGAACCUGCUGGGGAGAAGUGUGGUGUACCGUGAGUGUUCACCAUACGAACCUGCUGGGGAGAGGUGUGGUGUACCGUGAGCAUUCACCAUACUUCCUCCCAGCGAACCUCCUCCCUGGCAGGUGAAAGGACACUGCUUGAGGCUCCAUGUCGAUCAGAAGAGAUACAUGGAUGUCUACAAUGCAGUGUGAGAGGGAAUUAGCUAUUUGCUGGUAUUUUCUGCCACUCCAAAUUCCACAAUUCCUACUUAUUCACAGAUGGUUUGAGGGCUGCACGGUGGCACAGUGAUCAGUACUGUAGCCGCACAGAGGAAGGACUGGUGAUCGGUCCUGGCUCUGCCUCUCUGUCUGUGUAGAGUUUGCAUAUUCUCUCCGUGCAUGCAUGGGUUUUCCCCGGGUACACCGGUUUCCUCCCGUACACAAAUAAUAAUAAUAAUAAUUGUACAAUAAAGAUCAUGAAAAUUAUUUCUGCUUGUUUUAUCAUCUAUUUGAAGUGCAGUGAACUUGAUAUAAGUAAAAAAUAACAUACAAAUAUCAUUCUUCCAUCUUACAAAAUCACAUUAUUGAUCAUGUAACAACUCCAACAUAUAAUUUUACAUUUACCAAACAACAUAAAGGCCAGAUUCAGGUGAUAUGAAAUAGAAUUGAUUCCAUAAAAUG